CGCAAAUGACAAGAGUGACAAUUGAUGAAGAAAAUUGAAGUCAUCCUUCAUUUGCAUAUAUGAACAAAGCUGGAAUAAGGCAGAUGUUCAUUGUAAUUUGUGGCACAUGUCAAACACAGGUCCAAGGUGUUCACUCGUGGCAGAAUUUUGGGUUAAUGGUGGAUUACAUCCACCAUGAACAGAAAAUUUAAUGCUUGCUUGGGCCAAAGCCCAAAGGAUCCAAAGUUAGAGUCCAGUUCAAUAGCCCACUUGCCACGCCCUACCACAUUUACAAAAUGCCGGCUUUGCUCUUUCUAGUCAAAAGAGCUCACCAAGACGCCUAUGGCCACCGGUAUCAAACGCAAUUUUUCCGGUUUAUCGUCCCUGAUUUCCCCUUUUCGUCUCGAGUUCUUUCCUCUCUCUUUGAACCGGGCUUUGAAGGAUUUAUGAGCCAUGGAUGAUGCUGUUGAUUUGACUGGGGAUGGAGGUGUCAUCAAGACAAUCAUAAGGCAGGCAAAAGCUGGUGCACUUGCACCAUCGGAGGAUCUUCCUCUUGUUGAUGCAAUUCAUUAUGAGGGCACACUUGCUGAAAAUGGUGAAGUUUUUGAUACUACACAUGACGAUAAUACUGUGUUCUCAUUUGAGCUUGGAAAGGGUUCGGUAAUCCAAGCUUGGGACAUUUCUCUGAGAACCAUGAAGGUUGGGGAGGUUGCAAAAAUUACUUGCAAGCCAAAAUAUGCCUAUGGCAGUACUGGGUCCCCACCAGAUAUCCCACCUGAUGCAACCCUUAUUUUUGAGGUGGAGUUAGUAGCCUGCAAGCCCCGGAAAGGCUCUAGCAUGAGUAGUGUUUCAGAGGAGAGGGCUAGGCUAGAGGAGCUGAAGAAGCAAAGGGAGCUUGCUGUUGCUGCAAAAGAGGAAGAGAAGAAGAGGAGAGAAGAAGCCAAAGCUGCUGCAGCUGCCCGCAUGCAAGCCAAGUUAGAAUCAAAGAAAGGAAAGGGAAAGGGAAAAUCCAAAUAAGUUUAUAUCACAGUUAUGUUUAUGGUAAUAUUAGAUCUUAUAAAGGAGUAAGAUACAUGAAACUCACAUGCUAUCAUGUGAAAUUAACAUGUAUAUUGUGGUGAUUGCACCAAUUUUAGAUUGAAGGGAUAAGUAAAAACCCAAACAUUUGUACCAUACAAUUAGUGCCAACUUACCCCAAGUUGUACGGGGCAUUUUAAGAACUCAUGGCAUGAUAAUGGCAAUUUCGUGGGCAUCUCAUUCUCAGAUUGUUCUCAAUUUCACAAGAUUGUUGCUGGCCUUCCAUUGCUGGCAGCAGCCUUCCCCA